AAUGAAAGUGGAUUUGAGGGAAUAAAGCUUUGAGAAUAUCAGGAUAAGAAAUACCUCUUUAGUUGGUGGGAAUUUUGUAAGAUGUAUAAUCAAUGGAUCAAAAUUUUACAAUGUGGAUAUAAGUUGAAUAAACUUGAAUUAAGCUUAAUUGUUCAAUUGUAAAUGGAAAAACAUUAAGAU